AUGGCCCCCAUGUGCCGUUUCAGACCAUGCCGUGUCCAAAAAGUUUCACUUCAGUGGACAGAAGGGCAAGAAAGUGAGAAGAGCAUGGAAGAGGUAUGUGUGUUCUUGCAUGUUUUUGCCAUUUGUGCCCAGCCAAGGGUAGGGAGUAGAGUAGACUUGCUGGCCUUUGCCAGCACAGGCGCAAUGGCACAACCCUUCUAUGGUGGCAAAGGUGGCCCAGGUGGUCCACCGCCAGGCUACAUGGCUGGCAUGGGUGCACCGCAGGGGAUGCCCGGCGGCCCGCCGACGCAAACAUACAUGCAGGGGCCUGGCAUGGGCCCUGGGAUGGGUCCUGGUGGCUGUAGCGUGGGCCCUGCUGGCCCUGGCAUGGCCCCCUGUGGACCUUCCAUGGGCUGCGGGGGUCCUGGCAUGUGUGGUCCUGGCAUGGGUGGCCCUGGCAUGGGUGGCCCUGGCAUGGGACCUGGUGGCAUGCCACCCGUGCAGCCAGGAAUGGGCCAGGGCAUGCCCGGCGGAUGCCCACCUGGCCCGCCUCCCUACACGCAGGGAUGUGGUGGUGCAGGCAUGGCUCAAACAGGUUUUGCAAUGCCAGGCAUGCAAGGACCCACGAUCGACACCUUUGUUGAGGUCUCCCCAGAAAUCCAGCCUGUAUUUCGUAGAGAACAGGACGGGACGUAUAGCUUGCAGGUGCCACGGAUCCGCGUGAGGCUCACUACGAACUGCUCGCCACCACCUCCUGCAGAACCUGGCCUGGCCCCCUUCAAGCCUUACGAGGAGUUCUGGGUGGACAUGCCGGAGCUGUCUUGGGUCGUCUUUAACCCAUGGGCAGGCACACCACCAGGCGGCAUAAUUUCAGCUCAAGCCAAGAAACGAGGAGCUGUGUUGGAGGUGUCACCGCAAGUCACUCUGAAUGCCAAGCUGAAGGCCAACUCACCCUAUGGAACUUUGGUCGUGGAGGACUACCAGGUUGAUGGUCGCACUGGCAUGCAGCAAAAGGUGGGGGAGACCCCUUUGACUUACCAGCUGAAGGUGGAGGGUGCGCUGUCGGUCAACAAAGGAGCGGGAAAUAUGGGCUCGAACCGUCUGGAUGUUGACUUGUCCUUCUAUUUCACGGCCUCUAUGUCAACAAAAGGAUCAGCCUGAAGAUCUACAGUCAUUUUCUCUGCACAUGCUGAUGCAUGCUGCACGCAGUCGAGAGCUGACAUUGUCACGGGAUGUCGGCCUUUUUGCAGUUCAGUUAAUGAAACACCACGAGACUCGACUCCAGCAAUGCAUUUGGCGGAGCUGGAUUAGCUGUGGCAAAGGCAUCGCUUAAAAUGA